GCGCGACUUGGACCAUAUAUAUUCCACGUCAAUCAUACUUUAGGUUAUGGACAAGUUUUGGGUUUUUAUAGUUUUAACAUGUAACCGUUUUGAUUUUACACGUUUAAUAUCUAAUAAUUUAUAUUUUAUGCGAUAAAAUUGUUUUUUUUUUUUUUUUUUUUUUUUUUUUUUUUUUUUUUUUUUUUUUUUUUUUGUAAAUGUGAUCAAAAUUAUGAUGGCGCAAAAAAUCCGUCUUAUGUUUGCAACUGCAAUUAUGUUAGGAGUGGUUGUCAUAAUACUUGAGUUAUGCUUGCUACUCUACAAUUCCGUGGAUUUAACUUUUUCAGAUAACAGUGAAAUACCUAUCAUAUUAUGGUGGACACCAUUUGGCAGUGAUACUCAAAUAAAAACUUGCGGAAAUGCUAGAUGUUAUUUAACGCACAACCGAACAUUUGAAACCAACGUGCGCUUGAAAAGUAUUUUAUUUUAUGGGAGUAAUUUUCGCGUUUACGAUUUACCUAAUUGGAGAAGCAAUGUAAUAACAUGGGGCUUGUUUCAUGAAGAAUCUCCCAGAAACAAUCCUAUACUGGUUCAUGAGAAAGCGCUCAAUCUUUUUAACUAUUCUUCGACAUUUAGUAGAUUUAGCAAUGUACCGCUCACGCUUCUUGAUUUGCCAGAUUUAGAAACGUUAAUAGCAAAGACACAUUUUGUUUCUGCCAAAGAAAAAUCUGUAUUAAUGCAAACAAAAAAUUUAGCACCAGUAUUAUAUAUUCAAUCCGACUGUGAUACUGCUAGCGACCGAGAUUACUAUGUCUUAGAAUUAAUGAAACAUAUUCGCGUUGAUUCUUAUGGUGCGUGUAUAAAUAACGCUCGGCUUGAUGACAGGCUCAGAAAUAACUAUCUUGAUAAAUUAAACAAUCAUGAGUUUUUAUCUUUUGUGGCUGAGUACAAAUUUACCAUAGCCUUUGAGAAUGCAAUUUGCGACGAUUACAUCACCGAAAAACUAUGGAGACCACUUAUCGUCGGUUCCGUACCUAUAUAUUAUGGAUCACCAUCUUUCAAGGAUUGGUUGCCAAAUGAUAAAUCUGCCGUUUCCAUAUUAGACUUCGCCAGUCCGGUAACGCUCGCCACCUUUCUGCACGAACUUCUGAGAAAUGAUUCCGCGUAUGAAGAAUAUUUAUCUCACAAGCUGAAUAAUCACGAGUAUCGCGUUACGAAUAAGAGAUUGCUAAAUGUGCUUGAAAAGAGACCAUCGAAAGUUCCUAAUGAAUUUGGAAAUUACGUGGACAAAUUUGAAUGUUUUGUCUGCGAACAAGUUCAGAAUACUCACAAAUCACAAGAGAUUAGUAUAGUAACGAGAAGGCAAUACGAUUGCCCUUUGCCGAAAGAUCCAAUAAAAAGGGAUAAAAGCAGCAAACGUAAUUGGUGGAAGGAACAGUGGAAUAUUGAAAAAUGUGGUGCCAAACUGCUACAUCAUUACGUAAUCAACAAUAUCAGCAUUGAUGUAAAUCAUUUUAAUGAACAAAAAAUGAAUAUGUACGACAACAACAAGUGUUGAUGCGAAAAGGAGAAUUAUAUAGACAUAGUUGCAAAGAAUUUCUCUGACAAUUAUAAACAUUCGAUUGUUUCAUAAAAUUGUUGAUUGCUCGUUAGUACGAAAUACGUAUAAAUUUUACAUAUGUUACAAGCAUUACUCUAUUUUAGUAUUAUAUAUAUGUAUAAAUAU